AUGUUGUAUACAUACUCUUGUAUAUAUCUAGUAUACCUUUUACAAAUUUAUUACACCCAGAGUUUGCUCCUUAACAACAACGGAUCGCAAAGCCAUGCAAAUGAAGGUUUUAGAGGUCAAAUUAUAGCUAAAUAUACACCAUUAUUCAUAAAUCACACAAGGCUUGGUAGAAGGUUCGAUAAUCCAUAUAAAAGCUCGCGUACUAGCAACCGUGAAAACCAUAAUGGAUAUCCCAGCAUAAAUUGCGACUAUGGAUAUGACCAUGCGGUAAACAUUAGUCCAUUAUUCUCAAACAAAGCCAAUUCUGGUACUGAUGACGUAGAGAAGGAGAUUUCCUCCAUAUAUUCUGAUUUAAAGAACAAAAAAUACACCUUUAACGACCUUCAAAAGAGGCUAGUGGAUGAGGGAAUAUCGUUAUAUGGCUGUAAUAAACCGGAUGAUGUUAUAAAACGAGUAGCUGAGCUGAAUGUUUAUGGAAAGGAGAAUCUUGAAAGCAGACUACUGGAAAGUGAUCCAGAUUAUACAUUAGUUGCGCAGAAAUAUCUUGGAAAGUAUACACAGGAAUAUAGUGCCUGCACAAAUAAUGAAAGAAAAGUGUUUAUUUCCUCAUUGGUCGACGGCCUAAAAACAUUCGAUAUAGAUACAGUCAAUUUGGAUGACCUGCAAAUUGUGAAUCUCUACGCCAAGUUGCAAGCCAAAAGAAAUAUAAACAAUAAACUUCCUGCUGCAAAACACGAAAAUGAGGGAAAACAAACAAUUGAGUGUUACAAGAGUGAAGUAGAUUCCAUUUUCACAGCAUAUAUUAAUAUUAAAGAUAACAAAGAUUUAAGGGAUGACUAUAUAUCUUCAGUCAGGGAAGAACUUUUAAGCUCCGGAGUUGAUAUCUCUGACUGCCACGGUGAUGAACAACUCAUAAACAGGCUAGCUUACACACGUGUUUUCCCUCAAGUAGAGGAGGCUCCAAAGGUUCCACCUGCAAGAAAAAUUAAAAGAAUAAGGAAUACUAACUUGGGCCCUUUUAAUGCGUUUUCUAUUUUCGGUGAUUCAUUCAAGGAGCUUUUUGAUGAUUCCAUGAUGAAUGAUGAUCAAGGAAACUUUUUUGAGGGUUUCAUGAGUGAUUUACACGGUGACAAUAUGAUGGACGGCAUGAAUUUGGGCAAUGGAUUUUCAAUUUUGAAGGAUUUAGCAUCAAUGUUUGGAUUAAAUAACGGAUUUUCCCAACAAGUAAAAUUUUCUACAGAAGAUAAAAAUGUUAGAAAUGAGGAUGUAAACAGAAAUUUUAAAGCGGCAGAAGAUGUAGAAGAAGAGAGUGAACAUAUCGAAACCGACCCAUCUUUGCUAGUUCUACAGCAAAAGGCCCAACUUUCAGGGGAUACAAAUCUGCAAAGCAUGAUAAACAAAUCCAUCCAGAAUCCCGAGAUGAGAAGGAUACUCAAAAUGGCUGUAAAUGAAGGCUAUGACAAGGCUAGAGAAGCUUCCAAGAAUGAUCGCACGUUAUUGUAUAUUUUAGAAAAACUCAACGACAAACACCUCUUUUAA